AAAUAAUUUUUUCUCAGAAUUUCUGAAACACAGCUGAACGAAAGCAACUUGUCAAGAAAUUUUCAAGUUUUAUUAGAAAUUAACGAAAUAAAAAAACAAUGGCUGGCUAUGUAGCAAGACGCGGUCCCAUGGUUUUCUCCAGCUUGGGUAAAUGGGCAUACAACUUGUCUGGAUUCAAUCAAUAUGGUCUACACCGUGACGAUUGUUUGUACGAAAACGAAGAUGUCAAGGAGGCAAUCCGUCGUCUGCCCCGUAAAGUGUACGAUGAACGUAACUACCGCAUUAUGCGCGCUUUGCACUUGUCCAUGACCAAGACUAUUUUGCCCAAGGAUCAAUGGACCAAAUACGAAGAUGAUGUCAAAUACUUGGAACCCUAUUUGCAGGAAGUCAUCAAGGAGCGCGAAGAACGUGAAGAAUGGAACAAGAAUCAUUAAGUGCGGCCAGGAGC